AUGAGUAUAAUAUACUCGGAUAAUGAGAUCCAGUCAGAUAAUAAUGGAAACGAUAAACAAACAAACACAAAACAACAAAGAGAGGACGAUGACAUUGCCAGAACAAGUAAACGUUACAAAAAUACAUCAACACCAACAACAUCAUUAAACAACGUAGAGAUGUCAUCACAACAAAAAGAAAUAGCUGAGAUGAGAGCUGGUAUGAUAGAAAUGCAGAACUGCAUAAAACAACUAACAACAAACAUAACAACAGUAACAGCAGUGAGCACAAGAAUUGAGCAACACAUCGCAGAAAUAAACAAAAAUGUAGCAACAAUAACAACACAAGUAAAAGAGCUUCAGAUGAGCGACAUUGAAAAUAAGAAAGAAAUACGUGAACUCAAAGAAAGAAUAGCGAAAAUGGAACAGAAAGCACUCGAUAAGAACAUUGAGAUUGGUAAUGUUAUGGAUGAGAACAUGGACGUUUACGAACUGUUGAAACAGAUAAGUGAAUGCACAGGUGUAGAAAUAAAUACCACUGACGUAAACAGAGCAUACAAGGUAAAAAGGAAAAAUAAGAUCAUUGUUGAACUCUCAACGGUCAAUAAGAAAAUUGAAUUAAUGAGUAAAAUUAAGAGACACAAAGUGGAAAUAAGAGAUGCAAAUGGAGAGAAUAAUGUGGUUUACGUGAACGAAGAGUUAACUGCGUAUAACAAACGUCUCCUAUGGAUGGCCAAAACAAAAGCUAAAGAAAUGGGAUGGAAAUUUGUAUGGGUAAAAAAUGGAAAUAUAUAUGCCCGCAAAAAUGAAAACUCCAGCUUUACGAUUAUACAUAACUCUACAGAUAUUGAAGAUAUAACCUCAACAAAUUAA